CCAUCCAAAACAUAGCCAUAGUUCAAUUUCAAGUCCUAGACUAUCUAGUUAUCAUCCUCUUCACUCCACUUUCAGACUUCACAUAAACCGCAAAUUUCAUCCCAAAAUGGCAGCAAAUACUUUCAAAUUCAGACCAAUAUUUUCCACCCCACUAAGAUUCACUCUUUGCUCCUCACAGAAAAACUCAAUUUCUACCUCUCCUUUAACUAUUCAUUACCCAGAAUUACCAAAUCAGUGGUCAGGUUUACAAAAUUGGAGACACAGCCCUUUAAACCACCAGCGUUUCUGGGGACCCAAUGGCCCUGAUGAAAUAAUUGUACCCUCAAAUUCAACUAAAGAAUCCACUUUGUGGGAAUCAAUUAACUUGGCGUCGUCUCUUGCUGAAAUGGGUGCUGCUGUUCUUUGUACCAGUGAUCCUUUAAUGAAAUCGAAGCUUUCCCAUUUGGCUUAUUGUAGGUGGCGUCAAGAGGGUCUUCCUGUUGGUACUUUUCAUCCCCCGGCUCGGCCUGCUCGACCUUCCAAACCUGAAUUGGUUCCAUCUAAAGAAAUUCCACCUCCUAAACACUCGGGUUUACCUCUCAAUGCAUAUAUGCUUCACAAUCUUGCUCAUGUGGAGUUAAAUGCAGUUGACCUUGCAUGGGAUACUGUAGUCCGUUUCUCACCAUACAGUGAGAUUUUAGGUGAGGGGUUCUUUGCUGAUUUUGCACAUGUGGCUGAUGAUGAGAGUCGCCAUUUUGCUUGGUGUUCACAGAGAUUAUCUGAGCUUGGAUUUAGCUAUGGUGACAUGCCUGCUCAUAAUUUGCUCUGGAGGGAGUGUGAGAAAUCCUCAAAUAAUGUUGCUGCACGGCUCGCUGCAAUCCCACUUGUUCAGGAAGCAAGAGGUCUUGAUGCUGGGCCUCGGCUGGUGCAAAAGCUAAUUGGCUUUGGAGACCAUAGGACUUCCAACAUUGUGGCUAGAAUUGCUGAUGAAGAAGUUGCACAUGUGGCUGUGGGUGUCUUCUGGUUUAUUUUGGUUUGUCAGCAAAUGGGACGCACCCCUUGCUCAACUUUCAGAGACUUAUUAGAGGAAUAUAAUGUGGAGUUAAAAGGACCAUUCAACCAUUUGGCUAGAGAUGAAGCUGGUCUUCCGCGGGAAUGGUAUGAUCCUUCAGCAAGUGUAGAAGAUAAGAAAAAGAAGCUAUCUGAGGUUUAUGAUAGAUUGGAAUGCAUAAUUUCUAUGGAAAAGGAGAACUCGAGCCUGAACAGUCCAUCCCGAUGAUUCCUAUAUGGAGGAACGGAUUACCUGAAGUUCAUUUGAUCAAUGAAGCUGCAGUUGGUUCUGAUGAUUAUUCUGUUUCAUGUGAAUGUUCAGUUGGUGCAAUGUUUAGUUUUGCUGCAGAAGUAGCUUCGGCUCUAGACUGACUUCGUAAACAGAUCAGCUAAAAUUUCAGGGAGCUGGUCUGUCAAUUGUAAGCAAACUGAGUACAUCUUUGAUCCGACACUUUGAGCAUGAUUUACUGCUACCACUAUAACCUAGUUGCCUCGGCUCUAGUACUUCCUGAAUAAGUUUUAAGUAAUCACGUCGGUCAUUUAAACAGAAAAGCCUAGACUAUUGACCUAAGAAGCGUGGAUUUCGAGCUCAACUCUGAUGGUUUGGAAAAAUGUAUUCGUCCUUCAUGGCUGGAUUCCGGUUCCUGGCAUCAUUCUUUUUCUCAGAUAAUGGUGGUAUCCGUGCUACCUUGCACACACUUCGACUAUUCUACGGGGUUCCUGCUGCCUCCCACCAGCAGGUAUCAGCAAGUCUUAGGCACCAGAUUCCUGCAUCUUAUUGGAUUGAGGACGACUUUUUCUCAUGAUCAGAACACUGACAUAGUAUUGAAGCUCUUCAAAUUUUGAAGAUUUCUCUCCCUUCCAGCUUCUACUCAUGCUACGGUCGGUGGCAAGAAUUUCUUUGGCAGGCCAAAAUGUUGAUAUUCGAGUAUAGCUAUUGCAGUUUCUUUUCCUUUUUUCAAUCUUUUUGGGAGGUUGCAAGUUUGUAAGUUGCUAAAAUGACCAAAAAUUUGGGAUUUAAAGUGUUGAAUGAAGGUCCCUUUUGUCUCUGAAAAGUAAUUUUUUUUACCUGUUU